AUGGUCCUCCCUCUGGCCUGGAUCACUCAGUACUGUCGACUUCGCCUCCUAUUGCCCUCCUGCCCCCAAGGAUGCUAUUUCCAGAAUCCCAAAAAAAGCAUGGAAGAACAGACCAGCUCCUCAGGUGGUGGGAAGAUGAGGUCACCUGCCAGGGAACCUUGGCCCCACCACAAAGCUGAGCUGACUCAAGCUGAAGAGUUGCUGGAGCAGCAGCUGGAGCUGUACCAGGCCCUGCUGGAAGGGACGGGGGAAGCCUGGGAAGCCCAGGCCCUAGUGCUCAAGAUCCAGAAGCUGAAAGAACAGAUGAAGAGACACCAAGAGAGGAAAUGCCUAAGCUUCCCACAAGUGCCUGCAUAA